AUGGAUAAUGCGGAGAAAAAAAUUCCGAACCAUUGCGAGGACGACAUAAUAGAAUCCUCGAAACCCUAUCCCUCUUUUGCUACUCAGAACCUCCGGCAGAGAAGCCCUAAUCUUUAUGCAGAAUGGCGUCUACUGCAGUUUCUUCUACCUUGCAGUCGUUCUGCAGAGUGAGAAGCCCUAGUCUUUCGUCGACCCAUCUUCUUCCUUUGCCAAAAAACCUCGGCUUUCGGACCAGAACCACCGGAGAUUUCAAAAUUUGCAGUGUUGAUAAUUUUCAGAGACAGAACCGCCGUCGGAUGGGGAAGAUGAGGUCGGUUGAAGAAGGAGGAGAAGGGGUUGCAAUUGCAGAGGAAGAGCAACCGCAGCAGCAGCAGCAAGAAACCGUGUCCGUCCCUGUCUCACCUUCGGACUCGCUCACCAUGUUUUUUCAGGCUGACGGAACUUUGAACGAGACAGCAAUCCCUAAUGUCACGAGGGCCGUAGAGGGUAUCGAAGGAGUUUCAAACUUGAAGGUCCAAGUGACCGAGGGUAUUGCCACUGUUGAGCUGAAAAAGGAGACGACAGUUCAGGCAACAGGGGUGGCAUCGAGCUUGGUGGAGGUCAUACAAGGGGCAGGCUUCAAGUUACAUACGCUGAAUCUGAGUUUCGAAGACGAAGAUGAGGUUCUUGUCUGAAUCAUUGUGCAGAGUGUUUGAUCUAAAGCAUUUAGGCAUCUUUUUCUGUUAUUUGUAUCCUCCAAAUUGGCUUCGAAAUAUAUUUUUAACAGGUGAGAAGAAAAAAGGGUUGAAUCCCUUUGGUUUCUUGUGUAUUCCUUUUA